AUGUAUAUCAACUGGAUUCAUUACUUCAUCCCGAAACUUUUUGCAGUUUUAGCUUUCACUGUAAACCCAUUAUUUGUGUAUUUGAUAUUUACAGAAAAAUCUAAUAAAUUCGGUAUUCAAUAUAUCGAUUUAUUUUAGGAUAUCCAUACGUAUCGUUACUCAUGCCGAACUGGUGCGCGUUAGUUCACCCUAUUUUUCUAAUUAUAUGGGAAAUAGGGUUGUCUGAGACUAUCAUCCAUUUCAAUUGUCUUCUUUUUCAUCUUGGGAUACUUGCAACUCUACAAAAAGCUCUUCUGAAAUCACUAAUUGUUCAAACAGUCAUUCCGAUUUGCGUCAGUUUUUCACCAUGUUUGCUUAGCUGGUAUAGUCCCGUAUUUAAAAUAAAUAUGGGAAGAGGUUUCAACUAUCUAGAAGUGAUUGCUCUAUCUGCAUUCCCAUUUUGUGAUCCAAUGGCAAUUGUAUUAUGCAUUCCUACAUUACGAAAACGAAUUCUCUUCCGAACUGCAAAUAAAAUCGGAAUUUCCGUCAGUCAAGCUAUCAAUUCACAAGGUGUGGUAACGAGUACUGAAUAUCAAAAUCAAGGAACCAGCAAUGCUCUGCAUCUAUAUUGUUUCAGACUCGUUCUCUGGGAUAUGCAAAUUCACGAAUUUCAUUAUAUAACAUAUCAUAAAUUUCGGAAAAGUAUCAUCUUCAAAUCCUUUCAUUUCACAGGAGAUGUUACUAUUGAAUUUUCGAUUCAAUUUUAG